AACAACACCACGCGCGCUUGCAGGGUAGUGUCCUUACGUCUGUCGUAUCCAUCAUGGAAGCACCUCUGUUUCCCCGCGAGUCUGGCCAGUUCAUAGCAGAGAGGAGUCGAGAUGUGUUUGUGGAGGAAGCAGGAGUGCAGAAGGUGGCAGAGAUGCUUUAUGCUCUCCGACACAGCGACGAUCUGACCGCCAGUGGCUGGAAGAAGGCAAAUCCAUUGGCCCCGGAACCCACCUCUGACCAGGCAUUGAACUGGGUGUUUGUGGUCGACACCAUGAACUUUUCCUUCUGGCCGGAGAAAGAAACCCAACAGUGUGAGGUGACCUAUAAAGGGACGACGUACACAGGAUACAUGACCCUGUGUGCUGCCAUCACAAGGGCCAUGGAAGAAGGUAUACCCAUUACUGAUCCAAAGUACUUCUCUCAGAUAAGUGUGGAGGAGUUGGGUCACGUCCUUCGAUCAGACAAUGAAACACCCAUGCCGAUGCUUCUGGAGCGCCACCAGGCGCUGACUGAAGGAGGCCGUGUGCUGCUGGAUCACGGUGGAAGCUUCCGGAGUUUUAUCAGCCAAGCCGGAAACGACGCCCGGAAGAUGGUGGAGCUUAUUGUGCAGAAGAUUCCUUCCUACAGGGACGAAGCUACGUAUGAGGGAAAAAGAAUUUCACUCUACAAGCGAGCCCAGAUCCUGGUGGCAGAUUUCUGGGGGGUCAUGGAAGCCAGAGGACACGGAGACAUCGUUAACAUGGACUGGCUCACCAUGUUUGCUGACUACAGGGUUCCUCAGGCGCUCAUCUACUUAGGUGCACUACGAUACUCUGACACACUGAUGCAGACACUGAAGGACGGUGAGCUGCUGUGCUCUGGGGACCGGAGAGAGGUCGAAAUUCGAGGUUGUUCGAUUUGGUCUGUGGAGCUGAUCAAAGACCGCCUUUGCAAGCUGGUGCAGGAGAGAGACAGACAGACUUGCGACGUCAACUCAGCAAUCAUCGACUUUUACCUGUGGCCUUACGCCAAGCAGCACCACAAAGAAAUGGCCCACAUUCCCAUACACCACACACGCUGUAUUUACUAUUGAUGAGCUGGCUGGCAGUCGUAUACAGUAGACAGCACUUCCCAGUGUGCAGCCUUGGCACCGGUGCCUUUCCCUGGGAUAAAGCCAAGCACGUCUCUGUGCCAGAUAUAUGUAUAAAUGGGCCUCUUUCUCGCUGUAAUGGAAACAGGUGUGAAGUUUUAAUGCAGCUUGUUUGUCUACGUGAGUAAAGCAGCGUUGUCCAUUUGCAGUCAAUUAAAAUGUUCCAUACAUUUCCUUACAAACCUCAGGGUGUUAAAAUGGAGCAAGAAAAUUGCAUUUUGCUGUGCUACAUAUAUUAUGUGAAUGUACAAUACCUGACAUUAAAUGAUACUCACCAAACUUCAGCAAAAAUAAAAUAUUUUAGUAAGAUAUU